AUGGGUGUCGUCGUCGAUCGACUCAAGGGUCGCAAGACCAACCACGUUGUGGACGAUCUUCAGCCAGUGGAGCAGCAUCCGACAACGACUCAGGCAGACGGCCCAUCUGAUAACCCGGAGCUCUCUGAGAAAAACCCCCAACCCGAAGUGGUUUCUCGAGAGGCCCCGAUCGGUGUCCAGAAGGCAGAGGCUGCUGCGCUGGUCUGGAGCAAGAAUGCCAUUUACGGCACUUACGCCUGGAUCUGGGUCUGCUAUUUCAUGCUUGCACUUCACGAAUACAUCAACACCAACGUCCUCUACUAUGCUUACUCGAACUUCUCCACCGCAUCGCAAGUCACGACGGCCUAUAUCUUGGCAACCAUCAUUGGUGGAGUGCUGAAGCUGCCCAUCGGAAAGCUUCUGGGAAUCUGGGGACGUGCUGAAGGCCUGAUCGUCUUCGUCUUCGUCUAUGUCCUUGGGCUGAUUAUCCUUGCGGCAUGCAAUGGACCAAACGCCUUCGCUGCAGGCUAUGUCUUCUACUGGAUUGGCUACGAUGCUAUAUAUCUUAUCCUCGAGAUUUUCAUCGCGGAUACAUCCGGUUUGCGCAACCGAGCCUUUGCUUUUGGCUUCUCCACCACACCUUUCAUCUGCUGUGCCUUUACCGGCUCCCUUGCUGCCAACUCCUUUAUUAAGACAUCGGGCUGGCGCUGGGCCUAUGGCGCCUUCGCCAUCAUCCAGCCAUUUGUAUUUGCGCCUCUCGUCUUCGUCUUCAAAUACUAUGAGCGGAAAGCCUACAAGACCGGUGUUCUAGUUCGCCAAGACAAUGGCCGCACAUGGUUCCAGUCGCUGAUCCACUACAUUCACGAAUUUGAUGUGAUUGGAGCCCUUAUUCUCAUGGCCGCCUUCGUGCUCUUCCUCCUCCCCUUCAGUCUAGCCAGCUACGGACGAACAGAAUACCACAACGCCGCAUUCAUCGCCGAAGUAGUUAUCGGCUUCGCUCUUUUCUUCGCUUUCGCAGCCUGGGAGAGAUGGUGCGCCCGCGUCCACUUCAUCCCCUACGACCUUCUCCGCGACCGUACUGUCCUCGGCGCCUGUCUUCUUGCCGCAGUCGUCUACUUCAGCUUCUACUGCUGGGACAGCUACUUCUACUACUUUGUCAUGGUCGUCUAUAACCUGGAUGUGACCAAAACCGGCUACAUGACCUCCAUCUACACCGUCGGAUCCUGCGUCUGGUCCCCCGUCUUCGGUUUCUGGAUCCGCAUGGUCAAGGAAUUCAAGUACUCAUGUCUGUGCUUCGCGGUGCCGCUGAUGUUCCUGGGUGCCGGCUUGAUGAUCCAUUUCCGUGGUCAGGAUGCAGAUAUCGGGUACGUGAUUAUGUGUCAGAUCUUUAUUGCAUUUUCGGGUGGUAUGUUGGUUAUCGGUCAGCAGAUGGCGGUCAUGUGUGCGUCUACUAGGGAUGGGAUUCCGAUUUUGUUGUCGAUGUUGGGUCUGUUCAAUAGUAUUGGGGGCGCUAUUGGGUAUGCGGUUUCGGCGGCGAUUUAUACGAACACGUUUACGGAUGGGUUGAGGAGGGCGUUGCCAGCGGAGGAUCAGGACCUGUUCGAAACCUUGUACUCUGGGGGUUAUCUGUCGCAGAUGAAGUAUGAGCCUGGGUCAGCGGUUAGGGAUGCGGUCAAUUACGCGUGGGGAUAUAUGGAGAAGUAUGAGGCCAUUGCGGCGACUUGUGUUUUGGUGUUGAUGUUCCCGGCGGUGGGGAUAUGGAAAUUCACUAAUCACCUCUUGCUGUCUGGCCGAGCAGACCUACAGCCAGGAAACAUCAUGGUAUCGGUUACAGACGCGAUAGAAAAUUACGAGGACCGCCUAGAGCCACCACAGUAUAGUCCAGUCCGAUGGCUAGAAGGAGUGACGAAGGAUGGCAGUGCCCCGAAGUACUUGAUGCCUUCACAGAGACGUUACAACCAACUGAAGAAUGUCGACCACUCCAGGCUUGUGGCCAAAAUCGGGGAUUUAGGUGGCGCUCAAUUCCGUCGACGGUGCGACGAGCGGCCUGUAACCCCACUGUCACUACGCGCGCCUGAGAUCAUACAUGGGAGUCCUUGGGAUUGGACCAUCGACAUUUGGGCAUUAGGGUGCUUGAUAUUCGAACUAGCAACGAACGAGCCACUCUUUCCACUUGGUACCUUCGGUAUUCCAAGAGAGGAAGUCAAUAAAGAGCAUCUGGAACUUAUUGACGAGCAACUGAGUGAUCCUGCCGGACAGGCUGGAUUCGCUGCAUAUCUUGCUGAGCGACUGCCGGAUGACUUUGGGGCUGAGAAUGUACAGGGUCUAGCUAAGUUCCUUUUGCUGAUGCUGCGGGUUUCUCCUGGGGAAAGACCGUCCACGAAGGUUUUACUAGACCAUGCAUUUACUGUGGCGGUGCCAUAGACUGGGAGGUUGGAAUUCAGCAUGUGGGAUUCAGGGGCAUACUUGUUCCUCGUGCUUUCCUGUCGAC